CAGAUGUAAGAGGUGUGACGUGGCGUCAACACAACCGGCGAUAUCUGGCGAAUGCGACAACGUGCACGCGGACGGCUGAAUUCAAAUUAAAGAAAAUGUUGGUAACUGCUACAGUGUCUUCAGUUGAGAGGCAAGUUGCAACAACACGUAUUCGGAGAAUCUUCUAUUUUUUGGUGCUUUCGUGUUUUGGUUUUGUAUUUCUGUUGCUAAGCUGUACAAGCAGUGGUCACAAACUAAAUAUACGAAGACGUCAUAUUCCAAAAAGAUCAUCCGUCAUGUCUCUCUACCUUUCACCUACCCGCCUUUCACCUUCCAUUCGUUCACCAUCUGACGUUUCACUUGCCAACUCUUCACUAUGGAAUUCUGUCGGUUGUAACACGAAAUACCCUCUGUUUUCGUGUCAGUCCCACGGCAAGAAGCGCAGUGGAGGUCUUGGCAAUUUGAUCGCUGUCACUGCAGUACAUUUCCGACAUCCUAUCCUUCAGAGGCAUUGGAACAGUUGCGCAAUCGUUGGCUCAUCAGGCCGUUUGCUGAAAACUGAAUAUGGCCCCCACAUCGAUGAUCACGAAAUUGUCGGCAGAAUCAACUACCCGCCCAUAAAGGGAUACGAAAAACACGUUGGAUCCCGACCUUCCGACAUCCAUUUCUUUGGGGACAAAAUAGCCAGAUGUUUCAACGAAAUCCACCCUGAGACCAAGCUGGUGGUUUUUCCUCUCCCGUAUAACUCAAGGCGUAGAGACGUUUCUUUCAGAAAAUGCGACGCUAACAGAAAAUUGCCGUUGUAUUCAAUUUCAAAUUAUAUUAUGGACUUUGCCAGAACGCUAAUUUACAACUAUUCACUAGCCCACCGUCCUGCCAAUGUUAAGGCGGAUAAGGUCAUAAACAAAAUGGCAUCGUCAGGUUUUCGGUCGGUUGUGUUUGCUAUGAUGAUGUGCAACCACGUCGAUGUGUAUGGAUUUGGACUGAGUGGAGAUAAAGAAGAGCCGGUUCAUUACUUUGAGAAAAGCAGAAACCACCAACUAUUUUUUACGUAUCACUAUCCUAAUUAUGAAUUUGAGCUCUUAAGCCAUUGGCCAAACGCGACAUCGUCCGACUUCUAUCCCGGUUUUGGCAAAGUACGGGUGUUUACAUGAACGUCAAGCAGAUGAAUUAGUAUAUAUGCUAGACAAAUGUACGUCUGUAGUUCGUGUGUUAAAUACUUACCAUAUAUAAUUGUAACACUGUUUUACACUACACUAAAUUGUUUAGCGUUUCCGUUUAGCUAUAGACGGGCUUCUUGUAACAUUGUGCUAAGUUAUAAGUUCAACAUGAAGUGAGUUUGUGUUUGACUGUA